AGUCUGCCGAUUGCAAGUGCCGCCAUCUUUGUGGGAAAAAUCCGCCAUGUUUGAGGUCAAAUAGAAACUAAAUCUACUUACAUCCUAAUUUGUUUACGGGAUGCCAUGACACCAGAACAGCAAUGGUGAACUGCUGUUCAGUAAGAGGAUGUUCGAACAGAUCAAAUCGGGACGGCAAGUCGUACCAUUCCAUCCCGGCAGUUAUCGUGAAUCAGGGAGAUCGAACGCGAGAAUUAUCCGAGCAACGACGAGCCCAAUGGAUAGCUAAACUCGGGAGGGAUAACUACACUCCAACCAAGUACACCAAAAUAUGUUCGGAUCAUUUCGUGUCAGGUAAACCAUCUACACUGUACGACAUCUCUAGUCCAGACUGGAUUCCGUCCCUCCAUAUGGGUACAGGGUUGUCCUUGAAGGAUGCCCAGUCUCUCAGUAGAUACCGCAAGGGACAGAGAGCUCAGAGGAAGAAAGUUCUGGCAGCUGCGGAGAUGUUAGUGGAGAUGUCCCGGCGUGGUCGGGACGAAGGUGGGCGUGGCUCCCAGGAAAGUGUGGGCGGGACACAGGCGGCACAGAGUAAUCCAGUCAAAUACGAACAUACGACAGCCAAAACUGAGGCAUCAGAGGAAAUGUUCUGCAUGUAACCAGUCACGAGGCAGCCUUUAGAGAUGCUCACCACAUUUUCACCUGAAGUGUAGCUAUGGUGAUGAGAGGACGCAUUGGUCAUACAUGCCAACAUGCCAACAUGCUUGUGUCAGUGUCAACAAACUGAAAGGUCUUUGUUGGAUGUACCAGACACUGAAGUGUGUCGUCAACUAUUUUGUGAGCAUCCGUCGUCCAGUGUUGAAUCACAACACAUUUGAAGAGAUGAACUUGUGAAAUAUAGACGGUCGUUUUUACCUCUUGUUUCAUACAACUAUCCAAGUGAUGUUGAAUGCAAUUGUAGUACUGCUCAUGUAGGGUGUGUACGACAUUGGACUUGGUAUUCAUUGCAGCAUGAAUAUAGGGCAGGGGUAGCCCAGGGGUAAAAGGCGCCCUUUUGCUUUGUUCCUUUACGUACCUGUCAGGAUAUUUGGAUCAAGAGUUCGAGGUCCAGACUCGCCCUGAUUAUUAUUUGCGGUUUGUCUGCACCACACCUUUGUUCAUGUGUAUCUCUGGUGGUACACGCCGUGAUAUAACUGAAAAACCGUUACAAGCGGCGUUUUACUCACUGUAACUGAAUCUUUCCACGCACCUUGUUUAAUUUAACUGCCUUGCUUACUUUGACGUUAACACUGAGUGACUACUCACCCCUAUACAUGUACUUGUUAGUUGUGAGAAUUUCAUUCAUGCCUUAUCGAAAAAACGUUACAAGCGUUAGUAAAAUGUUUGUUUAUCA